AUGUGCGCGUGUGUGCGUGUGUGUGCAUAUAUAUAUAUAUAUAUAGCUAUAAGUAGGUAUGUCUCCCUCUCUCUCUAUGUGCAAAUAUAUAGAAGGGUGGGUAUGCAUGUUUUAUCUGCACAUCUGUAUAGUCUUGGGCAUGUAUGUGUGUGUGUAUACAUAUGUAUGUGCGUGUAUCCGCGUGCUGCGCCACGCUCUCUUGCCCGCCUCUUCUGUGCUUGCCACUCGCUCUGGGCGCGCUGGCGGCUGGCGCCGGGUGGUGGCCGUGCGGAAGGUGGGCGGCGGCCCUCCCCUAUUUCUCUAUUUCUCUGUUUCUCUGUUUCCCCUUCGAGUCAACAAACGAGAGCUGCUCGGCCCCGUGACCCCGACCCGUGCUGUGGGAGGGGGAAACGUGUUGUGGUAACGCCGAUGACGGUGGGCGUUGUGGCGAGGACCGCGCGCGGAUGCUGUCGCGACGGUGGUGCGCGGCGCGGGCCUCUGGACACGCGUGCGUGCCGUCUCUCCCCACCGAUGCUCCUCUCCCUGCCUGCCCAGACAUCUUCUCUCUCUGCCUGCCCUCCCCCUCCGCCGCGCCUGAGCCCUGCGCACUGCCUGCCCGGCUGCGUGCAUGUGUGUGUCCCCGUCUGUGCCCAGCGCACCACUCAUUCACAGGGAGGACAGCGCCGUCGCCAGCAGUGCGCCUGCUGCCACAUGCGCCCAUGGCGCGCACGAACAUGCGCGCACACCGACGGCGAGGGGAGACCCGACAGCACCCAUCGCUCGAGCUGCGCCCUGUGCUGUGAAGCUCUUGCUUCAGUGCCCUCCCUGCCGUGCCGCCGCAACCGCGCCGCGACGUCUUGCCGAGAUGCGGAGGCGUGCGCCCGAAGUGGCCGCAGCAGCGCUUGCGUGUGCGCUCGCACCUGUGCCCCCCGCGUGGCGUGUGCCACGACAGGCGAUGCCGAUGCGCUUCUCCUGCCCGCACCGCGUCCGGACCGGUCAGCGGUGGGCACGGCGCCCCUGCUGUCGCAGCGCAUGAUGGGCGCCGGCGUCGUGCGGCUGUCCCGCCCUCGUCACGGCCAGCCGUUCCUGUGCUUCGUCGUGCGCGAUCCCAUCGUGUGCGCCGUGGCGAGGACGCGCACGCCGACGCUGCCGUGCCCGGCGCAUGCCUCGUUCUCGCUGCUGCACGCGGCGCUGGCGCACGCCCCGCCAAGCGGCUGUGCGCAGCGCUGGCCUGUGAAGGGGCGCGGUGUCCCGAGCACCGUCGGUGCUGGCGAGCUGCUGGCCGCGACCCCGUUGGACCUGACCUUCUCUGCGCACGAUGAGCUGCUCGGCGAUGCACAGCGCUGCGACCGCGUGGCGCGCACCUUCGUGCCAGCGGCAGACCUGUACCGGGCCGGGGGCGUGGUCUUCUCAGCUCGCACCUCCGCCACCGCUGCUGGCUGCGAGGCCGCGGCGCCGGUGGCGAACGCGCUUGUGUCCGCGCUCGGCGGUGUGCGCGGUGGCGGCGAGGACUGGCGGUCGCCGAGGUCCGCGUGUGCGCCGCUGACGGCAGAGCUUUCCGCCUGGGGUGGAGCGGAUGAGACACGCCCGUGGGGUGCGGGGGCCCGCACGGCUGGACUGCUGACCCGCGGUCGCGGCCGACGACGUCGUCCUUGUGCUCUGCCACGCCUCACGGGCGGGCUGCCUGGGCGUGCCUGA